AUGGCAGAGGCCGCCGCCGCCGCCUCUCCCCGCCCGACCUUCAAUCCCGUCGAAACAACCUUCAAUCCCCACGACAUCACCACUCCCCCCGACAAAGACGACGUGCAGUCCCCCUCGCUCUCCAGCAGCAAUGCCCUGGCGCGCUUCGAAUUCGAACCCGGCAAGAGCCGCGACGGCACCAAAGUGCUCAUGGUAGAAUGGGAAGACGACGAGCACACCCGCGCCAUCCGCGGGGACUGGGAGGUGCGAUGGGAGGGCAAGAAAGCAGUGUUACCCGCGCGAGAAGAGAGGCCGGAAGGCAGUCAACAAGACGACCACACUGGCCCCGUCAACAGACUCUACUUCCUCCUUGGCCCGGGCGUGAAUAUCCCUACUACCGUGCGGCUGCGCAAGGGCUCCGUGGCGUGGAAGACGAACCCUUUGCCCGCCAUUUUCAACCCUGAGCUAGGCGCCACGGCUCGCCAGGCGGGGCGCAAGGGCGUGCUGCAUACGAUUUGGGCGAAGAAGAGACUCCAAGGGCUGCAGGGGGAGAUUGAGAGGGAAGCUGCGGAAAACCCGGAGGGCAUUGGGUUGGAGAUGGCGCGGGCGGAGAAGGAGUGGAUUGAGGGGAAUUUUGGCGUGGUGAUGAAAUCCGCGACCGCGGCCUCGCCUGCCUCGCCUGCUUCUUCGUCUUCGCACAACGCCGGUGUUUCGGCUGGGGGAUCGGCGAAUGGAAGCCCGGUCAGUCCUGGGGGACGCUUGACGGACAAGCUGCGAGGACUCAGAUUGCAGACGAGUGCGAACGGAGCAGGCGGCAGCGGUCACAAUCCCUUGAGUCCGGAGACGGGCGAUGUGGCUGUGGGGUCGUUUGGAAGCUUCGCGGCGCUGAAGGGGAUGCCUCCUGCUGCGUCUUCACUGGCCGCGAAACCCGCUCAGCCUCCGGGGCAGCAACAGCAGAGCCAACGACACGGCGGCGGUCCGCAGUCUCUAGACGCUGUGGCGAAUGGUUCGACGGCGGCGCCCACUCCUCCUCCUUCCGCUGUUGACGCGAAACACGACGAUUUGUUCGCGUUGCCUAUGAGUCCCAAAGGCGCCGGCACCACCGCUGGAGCCAGCCCUUUUUCCUUCCACGCCCAGGACACACGGCGAUACGUGCAGAGCUAG